AUGAAGUUACCUGAUAGAGGAGAAUAUUGGCAAGUUCAGACAUUCCACAAAGUACACACUUGUAUCAUUGAUGGUUUGCAAGGACGGUUUGCAACUACGAGUUCGAAGAUGAUUGGUGAACUUAUGUCACACAAGCUUCAGGCUAAUGGAGUAGCAUUGAGACCUAAGGACAUAAUUUGUGAGAUGAGGGUUCAGUGGGGAUUGGAACGCUUGUAUGGUAAGGCUUGGCAAGCGAAGGAGUAUGCAGAGAGGCUUGUUUUCGGAUCACCGGAGGAGUCAUUUCAACUACUACCAUCUUAUUUUUAUAUGUUGGAACAAGAAAUUCCUGGCACAGUGACUGCAGUGGCUACUGAUGAGGAAGAGAGAUUCAAAUAUUGUUUCUGGUCAUACGGGGCUUGUAUUCGGGGGUUUAGGGAUGUAAUGCGUCAUACGGUUACAAUUGAUGCAACACAUCUCAAAGGCAAGUUCAAGGGUGUUCUGUUUGUUGCUGUAUGCAAAGAUGAGAACAAGUGCGUAUAUCUAGUUGUGUUUAGGAUCGGCCAUGUUGAGGACAAAGACUCGUGGACGUGGUUUCUUAGCAAGCUACGUGAUGCGGUUGGUUGUCCUGAAAAGACUACGUUCAUUUUUUAUCAACAUCUCGGCAUUAGGAAAGCAAUCCAAAAUGCAUACCCAGAAGAGCACCAUGGUUUAUGUAGUUACCACUUGAAAAAAAACUUUAAAAACAAGUUCAAGCGCGAUGAUGUUUGUAUGCUUUUCACCCUUGCUCAAGAUUGCUAUAAGGUGGCCGAUUUCAACAGACAUAUGAAUCAGAUACAGCAGAUUCACCCGGGAUCCCACGAGGACUUUAUGAGAAUAGGGCCUGAGAAAUGGGCACAUGCAUGUUUACAGAUUGAGUUUAUUGUGUUUUUUAGUAAAUGCAAUCGUGAAGCCAUUGAAUUCGACGCUGACUACUACAAGAUAAUCGUUUUGAUGGAGGGUUAUUCAGGAUCCAUUAGGCCGGUAGGGCAUCCUAGUGAGUAG